UUCUUCUUCUUUCAGUUUCUGCGAUAAUUAAGCAAUAUAUUAUUAAAAUCUUCGCCAUUUCCAUUUCUUGCUCGAUUCCAUUUCAAUAAUUUCCUUUUGUUCUUCAUUUCAAGGUUGAAUUAUUCCUUAUAUAGUUAAUUUCUCUUUCGAUCUCGUCGGAAUAUUCUUCUUCUGACCGGUCGUUGUGGGGAUAUAUACGUAUCGUGAGAGUGAUUUAGGGUUUUACCCCUUUUCCCGACGUUCAUUCUGCUUCUUUUGAGGGGGUAGCCGGGGCUCCGGCCUCGGCGGCUAUUAAAGCCCCCACCUUUACACCAGAAAUUGGUAAACAACAAUAAUCUUACUCAUUCUUUCAUUCUUUUAACCGUUUCGGAAAACAGAUCGGGGAAGAGAUGCCGGCCGCUUGUUUUGUAGAUUCUUCCGUGCCGCCGGCCGCCGCAUGGGAAACCACUCUUCCCUUGCCGGAAUCUUUCUCCGGUCUACCUCAACCGGCUAACACCAUCUCCUUCACAUCCAUGUCAGACGCCGUCGAUGCCUUGUCCCUCUGGUCACCUCCUCGUUCAUCCGCUCUCUAUAAAAUCGAUGGAUGGGGCGCUCCUUAUUUCGACGUCAAUAGCUCCGGCAAUAUCUCCGUCCGGCCGUACGGAACCGAUACCUUGUCUCACCAGGAGAUUGAUCUGUUGAAGGUUGUAAAGAAGGCUUCAGAUCCGAAGUCAUCCGGUGGCCUUGGCCUGCCGCUUCCGUUGAUCAUUCGGUUUCCUGACGUGCUGAAGAAUCGACUCGAGUCUCUACAAUCCGCUUUCAAUUUUGCGAUCGAGUCUCAAGAAUACGAGUCUCAUUACCAAGGUGUUUAUCCAGUGAAAUGUAACCAGGAUCGUUUCAUUGUUGAAGAUAUUGUGAAGUUCGGUUCGUCAUUCCGUUUUGGAUUGGAAGCUGGAUCCAAACCGGAGCUUCUCCUCGCCAUGAGCUGUCUUUGUUACGGAAAUCCCGAAUCUCUACUGGUCUGCAAUGGAUUCAAGGACGCUGAGUACAUUUCGCUCGCACUUGUAGCGAGGAAGCUUGCCUUGAACACAGUUAUUGUGCUGGAGCAGGAAGAGGAGAUCGACCUGGUUAUUGAAAUUGGACGGAAGCUGGCUAUUCGUCCUGUGAUUGGCCUGCGUGCCAAACUCAGAACAAAGCAUGCUGGCCAUUUUGGGUCGACUUCUGGUGAGAAGGGUAAGUUUGGACUUACAACUACUCAGAUUCUUCGUGUGGUGAAUAAGCUCAGGCAGGCUGAAAUGCUGGACUGCCUUCAAUUGCUCCAUUUUCACAUCGGAUCACAAAUUCCUUCCACAACCCUGUUAACCGACGGUGUUGGAGAGGCUGCUCAGAUCUACUGCGAAUUGGUCCGCCUUGGUGCUGGAAUGCAAGUGAUUGAUAUUGGCGGUGGUCUUGGGAUUGAUUACGAUGGUUCAAAAUCAGCGGAUUCGGAUGUUUCAGUUAGCUACGGGCUUGACGAGUAUGCAGCCGCAGUAGUUCGUGCAGUACAGUUCGUAUGUGACCGUAAAUCCGUGAAACAUCCAAUCAUCUGCAGCGAAAGCGGGAGAGCCAUUGUUUCCCAUCAUUCGAUUCUAAUAUUCGAAGCUGUAUCAUCGAACGUAUACGACUCCCCAAACAUGGAUUCAACCGGUCUUCAGUACUUCGUAGAGGGUCUAGGAGAAGAAGCUCUUGCCGACUAUCGCAACCUAUCUGUUGCAGCUAUCCGAGGAGAGUACGAUACCUGUUUGCUCUACGCCGACCAGCUUAAACAGAGAUGUGUUGAACAGUUCAAAGAUGGAAGCUUGUGUAUGGAACAACUCGCUGCUGUUGACGGUCUAUGUGAAAUUGUGUCAAAGGCGAUUGGAGUAUCUGAAUCCGUUCGAACAUAUCAUGUCAAUUUGUCUGUUUUCACUUCGAUCCCUGAUUUCUGGGGGAUUGAGCAACUUUUCCCAAUUGUUCCGAUUCAUCGAUUAGACGAGCAGCCUUCGGUUAGAGGGGUGUUGUCCGAUCUGACGUGUGAUAGUGAUGGGAAGAUCGACAAGUUCAUUGGUGGGCAGGGAAGUUUGCCGUUGCAUGAGCUGGGUGGCGGAGGAGGGUACUAUUUGGGUAUGUUCUUAGGAGGGGCUUAUGAGGAGGCUCUUGGAGGGGUUCAUAAUCUAUUUGGUGGACCUAGCGUGGUUCGUGUUUCACAGAGCGAUGGACCUCAUAGCUUUGCGGUGACUCGAGCCAUGGCUGGUCCGUCUUGUAGUGAUGUGCUUAGAGUAAUGCAUCAUGAGCCGGAGAUGAUGUUUGAAACGUUAAAGCAUAGGGCGGAGGAGUUUGUUGGAGCUGUUAAUAAUCAAGAUGAUGACGGUGAUGAUGAUAAUAACAUGGGUUUUGUAUCGGUUGUGAAUGGGAUUGCUGGUUCGUUUAACAACAUGCCUUAUUUGGCAACAUCAGGUGAUAAUAAUAGUACUAGGUCUUGCUGUUUGUCUGCUGCUGGUACUGCUAGUGGGGGGAAUGGGUGUUAUUCUUGCUGUGUUGAUGAGAGCUAUGAUGUUGUAGGCGGGGGUGCUUGUGUGGAUGGGGAGGAUGAUGAUCAGACAUACAUCUGUGCUUGAUCCUGGUGGUGGUGGUUGUGAUGGGGUAAUCUGUUUCCGUUUCUGUUUUAACUAAUAAUAAUUACUACUUACUACUACUGUUUGUAUUUGAGGGUUGGUUGGUUUGUUUGUUUGUUCUUUCUUUCUUAUGAGAGAAAACAACAAACAUAAAAACAGAUGAAGGGUGUCUUUCCCCGCCUCCUGAUUCCCAUUUGAAAUCUGGGGUUAGUUGGAGGAGGAGGAGGUGUAAUAUUAGUGUUGUAGUAGAACCUCUGUUGGUAUGCAAUGCUUUAAUGUUCUUUUUGGCAAACUUAUGAUGUUGAAUGAAUGUUUUGGUGUUGCAAUACACACUACUAGUGUUGUUUUGUUUAUCUUCU